GGCAGGGGAAAACAAGAUGGCUGAGGCUGCCAUCUCUGUUGCACAAGGUGCUUUGUGCAGAUGAAUGGCUUCAUGGAGGAACAACCAAUAUUCCCUUGGUUCAAGAUGGAUUUUGAGCAACAUUUAGAAGCUGGUCUGUGCUUUCACGCAGACUGAGAGUCCAGCGCACGAGUGACAGACAAGUUCAAGAUACCUUUUAACACAAGUGAUCUGAAAGCUUUUGGAGGCAGAGAUCCCAGGUACCCACGAUUAAUGCUCUGAAGCUGACUCUUUGAAACACAGCUAUCUGAUGUGGUGCAGAACCCAGUGGAAUGGAAACUGAGGCCAGCAUAGAUAUAGGUAUUCACCAAGAGAAAGCAGGAUGUGGAGCUACCAGUGAAGGAGAUUCACCAUGCUUAAUAACUGAACAAAUGGAGAAUGAGGAUUCCCUUCCCCAAACCUCUGUUAGUAAUGGAGGAGAAUCAGAUACCAGCAAGGAAAUGGUAGAUCUAAAGAUUAUUUGGAAUAAAAACAAAUAUGAUGUCAGGAUGCCAUUGGAUAGUACAGGAGCUGGCCUGAAAGAAAAGAUUCACUCCCUCACAGGUCUCACUCCUGCCAUGCAGAAAGUCAUGUACAAGGGUCUGCUCCCGGAAGAUAAAACUUUACGUGAAAUAAAAGUAACAAAUGGUGCAAAAAUCAUGGUUAUUGGAUCAACAAUUAAUGACGUUUUAGCAGUAAACACACCAAAAGAGGUUGUACAGCAAGAGGCCAAAGCUGAAGAACCCAAAAAGGAACCUCUCUGUAGGCAAAAGCAACACAGAAAAGUAUUGGACAAAGGAAAACCAGAAGAUGUUAUGCCAUCCAUUAGGGGUGUUAAAGAGCGUUUGCCAAGUGUACCAUUGUCCGGCAUGUACAACAAGUCAAGUGGGAAAGUAAGAUUAACUUUCAAACUAGAGCAGGACCAGCUCUGGAUUGGAACCAAGGAAAGGACAGAGAAAAUCCCUAUGGGUUCUAUCAAAAAUGUGAUCACUGAACCUAUUGAAGGACAUGAAGAUUAUCACAUGAUGGCUUUUCAACUGGGUCCCACUGAAGCUUCUUACUAUUGGGUUUACUGGGUGCCUACACAGUAUGUUGAUGCAAUCAAAGAUACAGUCCUUGGGAAGUGGCAGUAUUUUUGAAUGUGCCUCCACCUCUGGCAGUGAAGGAUAGACUGAAACCAAAGGACUACAGAAUUUAUUGGAACUUGCUUAAUUACUGGAUUAUAAUUUUUCCUCCCUUCCACCCCAUCCCCCUUCUCAAAUCCUUGGAAGAUGCCAACAAUAAUAGAUACAAAAAAAAAGUUGAAGAUCCUCACCAGAAGCUGGAGGUGGUUAAUCCAAUGUGACUUUACCUGUGAACAUCAAAUUUUAAAAAAAAAAAUUCAAAGAAGCAAAACAUCAAAUUAUCCAAGUUCUUUGAGAGCCACAAUUAUCUACAGGUGAUGUGCUAGAAGCAUUUUAUUAUAUCUAUUAUAACAUGGAUAACAUCCCAAUUUGGGCUUUUUAAGCAUCCAUGGAGCAGUAUCUGUAAAACAGUACAGUGGGGCUCUACUUGAUGUGCUGCUUGGCUCUAUCUUUAUGUGGAUCCAUUGUACUUGAUAUAAAACCAAAUUGUGGAAUAUUUAUUUCUUUAAGCAAUCUUUAAUCACAUGUCUGUUCUCAGGAGGUUUCACAAUUGGUUGCCUUGUGUUUAAAUAUCUGCCCUCAUGGGCUAUUCAGUCUAUCUCCAUGCCAACAGGAAAGGUAUCUGGCCUAAUUCCAAUUUCCAGUUUUGGUCUGCAAAUGUGUAAAUUAUGGCACAUCAAAUGUGCCACCAAAUUCAUUUAAACUUAACUAUUCUAAUGUUUAAACAUAUGUACCCUUAAUUAUGUGUUGCCUCAGUCACUAAUUAUUUUCACAACCAGAUAAAGGCAGAGCAUAGAGUAAAUGGUGCAUAACAAAUUCUAUUUGUCUGUGCCUUCUCAUUGCUUUCAAACUAGCUUUGCUAUUUAAUUGCAGGCAUGAAACCCAGAGAUUUCACUAUGCAAUUAUGCAGAACCCACUGUACUUCCUCUGACUUGUAUUUGAAAGAAAGCAAAACCAUAUUUGGAUGAAUAAAUCAGUGUUAUUCCCUGAUUCCAUAGGGCAGUACCUGUUUAAAGCUGCAUGACCAUUUCCACUUCAAUUUUGUUUCUUGAGGCUUGGAGGUUUCAAGGGGAAAAAUGGUAGAUAACAGGAGGGCAGUGGAUGAGCUGCAAAGCAUUUUCUAGAUGUGAGUUGCACUUUGCUUCUACCUAUUUGUUCCAGGUAGAUGUCAGCUUUACCUGGCAUCUGAGGGCAGGAAGCUGGGAGGAGUGUUUGAGUUACUAAUGCUUCUGCACGGGGGAUUAUUCACUCGUGUUACUGGCAUUCAUCUGUUGGCUGUGCUGUAUAUCUAGGUUUGGUAGUGUACACAUGGCUGGGGAAGGCAAAACUGGUUCAACUGUCAAUAAAGAGCAACGCAUGUUUUAAAAUGUUAGAACUAAACCAUCUCUUCUGUUCUCCCCACUUUUGCCAUGGCUGCCUUCACCUUUCACAGUAAGCAUGCUUUUGAGAAAAUUGGAAAUGACUAAAGCAUCAAGCAACUUCUGAACACUAAAUGGCCAUUUUUCUGCAUGCCUCUAUGGAGUUGUAUAGGUUUGCAAUGUGUGCCAUAUAGUUUGGUUCUGAGUCAUUUAAAGUGGUGGGGGAAGGGUUCUCGUACUGUAAACUAAUCAGCAGAUCAAGCCAUCAAUUAAUAAUUUCAGAAUUUUCUGACUGACACUAAAUAUUUGAAGAGUGCAGAGAAAGCUUUGCUCUUUGUCUAGCCCAUUGAACCUGGGAGUCUUUGGGAUGCUGCAGAGGAACCUUGCUUUGUAUUUUAACUUGAUGUCCAUGACUUGGAGGUAUUUUGGAUAGUGUGGAAAGAGCUAACUGUGUACUUGUAUUGAAUACUUGCACUAAUGGCAAUAAAUGGAAUAGUGUGCAGUUUCUAAUCACUGAUAUCCUUUCUUGGAUGAGUAUAAAUAGAUAAAUUAAAAGUUGAGUGUUUAUGGGUUUCUGCUAGGUUUAUGGAUCUUAGACCUGAUAACUAUGAAAGGUGCAAUAUUUCAAUGUAAUAUGCCAUUUUUUAAAAAAGCAAUCCUUUGCCCUGUUAAGUUUUUCAUGGCAGAGUGAUUCCAGUUGAGAGUGUAAAGGGUCAUGCAGUUUUAACAGCAAAUAACUUGCAGAAUGCAUGAUUCAAGCACACCGAUCUUUGGAAAUUAAGGAAGUUGACUUGGUUUAGAGUUGCACUGCUUCGAAUUUUAGUGCUGACCAUUAAUUAUCCCAAUGUUUAAUUCUGAAAACUAGUCUUUAUUGCCAAUUAAAGUUUGUUACUUUACAGUAUCCUUGUCUUCUGUUGCGGGUCUGUAUGAAAUGGCACUACACAGUUGAGAAUUACUGCAAUCCUCAAUCCCU